AUGGACGGGACCAUGUAUCGUCAACUCUUGGGUCUCUCUGUCAAUGUAUCUCAGCUGGAAGUGGCCCUAGUGAAUCCUGUACUGCCUACAGUCCUGUGUGACAUUGAACCGCUAAGUUUUCAUCUGUCCGUUGUAAAAUGCCUGACAAGGCCUGCACAGCUGGAAGGACGUUACCAUCCCCGGUUCACUUUGAAUGGGCAGAUUGUGAACGCGUCGAGUCAGCUGCGCUGCGACAACUGCACAUUCCAGUUCUCCAUUGAACAUACACCUGUUCUGUAUCGCGUUGACCCACCAUGCGGAGUUCCAGGAAACGUAAUACAAGUCUAUGGUCGUAUCCUGUCCUCAAAAUAUGAAACUUAUGAUUUUAAUGUGGAUUUUAUUGAUGGGUACCCCAUUCAAACCGAUGAUGGUCUGGGAACCUUUGGGUGCCGAGUGGAAGGCAACUAUAUUGGGUCGCAUAAUGUCAGCUUUUCAGUGUCUAACAAGGGGAAGUCACUCGUGCACAAGGAUGCUUGGCUUAUCAGUGCUAAACAGGAGCUUUUCUUGUACCAAACUUUCCCAGAAAUAUUUUCAGUAUUUCCAUCUGCAGGGAGCCUGAGUGGCGGAACCUCGCUCACCAUAACCGGAGACUUUUUUGAUUCCCCUGCGACGGUCACGGUUGCAGGCGCUCCCUGCCAAAUUAAUUAUGUGUCUCCACAAACGAUCGUCUGCACAACUGGAGCAGUUGGUGACAAUAGACGCCCCAAUGGACCACAGCCAGGAAAUAGAGGGCUUCUCUUUGAAGUUUGGAACGGCACAGACACCAGUCUCGGUGAAGCAGCUCCUGAAUACAGGUGGCAGUUUGUUCCAAAUGCCAGUUCGCCAUUAGGUUUUCUGCCAGAAGGACAACAACUGUUCAGUGCCCAGCUACGUGGCUUUUUUGUGGCACCUCAGACAAACAACUACACCUUCUGGAUCCAGGCCGAUGCGAAGACUUCUUUGUAUUUCAGCCUGUCCGAAGAUCCAGGGGAGAAGGUUGAAGUCGCAUCUAUUCCUAACAGUAUUCCUGAAUGGUUGACAAAUUGGGAAGAAAACUGGAGCCAGGUCCGGAAGUCAAAAUCUGAGAAAUUUGAAUUAACGGGUGGUGUGAUGUACUAUUUGGAAGCAGUGUAUCGUGGAAAGUCACCAAGUGUUGGAAUGAGAAUUGGUGUCCAAGUGCACAGUACUUGGCUGAAUCCUGAUGUGGUGAACACUUACUGCAGAGAGAGGCAUGAAAUACUGGCCCGUGCGUCCAGGCGUCCUGAGGUGCAGAUGCUGACAUUAUCUGGCACGGGACAAUUCCAACUUGACUGGGACAAUGUGACCAGUGUCUUCCUGUCAACAAAUGCUACAGCUGGACAAGUCCAGAAAGCGCUAGAGGACCUUCUUUCGAUAAAAUGUGAAAUUGAGCCACCGUCAGCCAAAAUCCUUCUGCAGGCUGGAUUUGAGCAUGGCGCUGAGAAAUUGACAAGCGGAGGACUUGCGGUCAGUUGGACAGAGCCCUUUUGUGGAAGGUUCAGUGCUCACAAGCUAGAAAGCCUUGUUAAAAUGCAUCCACCCGCCUCGGUUUACGACGUCACUCAGUAUGCACAUCUCUGCUUCGCACAUAAAGGUUAUUGGAACAACACCCUCUAUGUUGCAGUGACUUACACCAAUACCUUUCUACAUACUGUGAAAAAGAAUAAUUCUGAAUCCCUAAAAGAUCUUCCGAAAAAUUCUUCAGUGUUUCUAUAUCAGAUUGAUGUUGAACCCCUUUCUGGUGCAGCUGAGUCGUCUGCCUCAUUCUUCGUGGAUGAGAUCAUAGUUUCAGACAGAGACAUAGUUGGUAAUUUAAUUAUCUUCUCUUCCUUAAUGUGCGACGUAGAGAUAACAGGAGAUGUGGGUGAGGCGAGCGUCAAUCUGACCGUUCGGAGGAUGCAAACUGCAAGCCUGCCUCUUGGCGGAACUUUUCGAAUUCAUCUUCCCGAUGUCGUGAUAUCAGGCAUUCCCGUGUCCAUCUCUUCCCAUCAUCUCCACAAGCUCCUGCAAAGCUACGCUGAUAAUUUUACAGCCCAGUACUUGAAUGCCAGCGAUUUUUUGGUAACGAAGGACGUGAGCAGCUGUUACCAAAGCAAAUGGACAUUGACUUGGUCCUCAAUGACUGGUGACUUGCCUAAUAUCAUCAAUGUCUCUGCCGAAAACCUCACUGGUCUGAACCCGGCAGUUACAGCCCGUGUUGUCUUUGAUGGGGGUGUUUUCAUUUGUCCAAUUUUUGGAGACAUGCUUGCGACCCCCAAUGACUUUACACAGGUUGUGGUGGCCGUGAAUGACGUUUCAGGCAACUGUUCUGGCUCAUGCACCUUCCAGUAUCUCUUGGAAUCUACUCCUUUAGUCAAUAAUGUUGAAUAUUCUGUAGAUGGUGUUCAUAUGUUAAUCCACUUUGUGGGAUCUGGCCUCACUGCUGACCACAAGUCUCUGCUCAUUGAGGUGACCCAGAGGGACUGUGAAGUCUUGGCCUCCAACCACAGCAGCGCUCUUUGCUGGAUGAACUUAUUGCCGGCAGGAUUGCAUAGAGUUACGAUGUUGGUGAAACCCUAUGGAUUUGCGGCCAACGCAAGUAGAGGAGGUGACAUCUUCCUCAGGAUUAUGCCCAGAUUGACUGCCAUUGAACCUCCGACGGCUUCUGAGAUUGGUGGACUUCCAGUAACCCUCACGGGUUCAGGUUUUGAUGGGAUAAACUUGGUGGUAUUUGGUUUUCAGCCUUGCCCAAUUCAUGCCAAUGCCAGCAAUGCAACGAGAAUUGAAUGCAGGCUUCCUCCACGAAGAGGAGAAGCCCACAUAGUCCAUGUGAUGCUGGUCAGUGAAUAUGGAUCUACUCCCUUUGCCAGGGCGUUCACAUAUGAUUCUUCACUAAACCCAUUGAUUACUUCACUGAGCAGAAAUACGAGCAGCAUAGCAGGAGGUCAGACACUCUUCAUUGGUAUAUCACCAUUUGCAAAUUAUACUGGGUUGGACGUGAAGGUAAUGCUUCAGGAGUCUGUGGUAGAAAUCCGGGAACAGACCCAUCGUGGACUCGGCGUAGUGCUGCCUUCCUUGACACGUGGACUGUACAACCUUUCCAUCUUCCUUAACAACAUCCCAUUAGGCGCUAAAGGGGUGGAGCCGUUCAUCCAGUAUGUUACAGACGUCUUCGGAAUGGAACCGUGUUGCAGUUCCUUGCUUGGUGGAACGCCCCUCACAAUCUCUGGCACAGGCUUCACCAGCAACCGAGAUAUGGUCUCCAUCUUCGUGGGCUCACAGCCCUGUCCUGUUACCUACCUGAAUGAAAAGAAGAUUGUGUGCCAUACUCCGCCGGCUACUCAGCUGACCAAUGCCACCGUACAAGACCUUUCGGUGCAUGUGCAGGUGUUUAUUGGCAACAGAUCAUCUGCGGACCUGCCUGUCUUGAUUGUCUCCAAUUUUACCUUUCUUUACAAAAUGUCUUUGAUUCUCAACGUUGUCGAUGUUGAAAUAGAAAUGGUGAAUGAUACCCUGGGGCUGAAAAUAGAGGCAGACAACGUGACUGAUUUGGUGGCUCUCCUUGGGGAUGUGGAAUGUGAGCUCAAGGCAGAGCAAGCCAAUGAUUCUACAGUGGGCGCUCAAUGCUCCUUACCGCUAAAUAUUUUCGAGCCGGGAUGGUACCCCAUCAGAAUUCUCCAGAAGCAGAUGGGUUAUGCCAACAUAUCGGCUGUGAGGCAGCACUUUAUGGUUGCCCCACUGAUAAAGACUGUUUCCCCAUCUCAUGGUUCAAUUUGUGGUGGUCAGUUGCUCACUAUAUCUGGCCAAAAUUUAAAAUCUCAGACUAAUUUGUCUCGGGUGAAUCUGGCCGGCAAUUUCACCUGUGAGAUCCAGAGCUCCAAUGAUAACAUUAUCAGGUGUGCUCUCUUGCGGAGUGAUCUUCUCAUGGACUACAGGCAGUUCUGCAAUGGAUCUCAAGACCUUGGUUUUAUGGUGACCGUCAACGGGAUUGACAGUCAUUGCCUGGAAGACUGUUCGUUCUACCUUCUCGAAAAUCUGACCUUCGUUAUUGAUGCUGUGACUGUGGAAUUCAAUGAGAUGUCAAUUCGUUUGCUCGUCAGAGGUCAGAGUUCAGCUUGGACAAUGGAAGAAACCUCAAUAGAGGUGGACGGUCAUCUCCCUUGCAAUAUCACUUUUUGGAAUGAAACCAGCGUUGAGUGCUGGAUAGACACCCUCGUUGCAGGUGAACACAUUGUUUCUGUACAGCACACAAGGUGGGGACAGGCUUGCCUUCGUCGGAAAGGCUCCAAUAUCUUCAGAGUAGACCCCCGUGUGCUCCAGUUUUACCCUCAGAAUUUUAGCAUCAAUGGCGGAGGACUGCUUACACUGGAGGGCAUAGCGUUAAAAGGAAGGAACGAGACCUCCAUUAUCAUAGAAAACCAUCACUGUUUCCUUACCGAUGCCUCGUGGUGGUCUGUUCGGUGCCUUGUCCCUUCAGGUCACGGAAUCAUCGGUGUGAGGCUCUACGUCGAUGACAUCUUGUAUUUCGUUGGCGAAAUAAACUACAGCGAAGAUUCCACUCCGGUUUUCCUUUUCCUUCUACCUGCUGCGAACCCCUUUCUGACAAUAACCGUGUCACGGAUCAGGCGGACAGAAGACAUGUAUGUUUUUAUCGGAGGGGCUGCCUGCACCAACGUCACUGGAAAUGAUAGAACUUUGCGCUGCAUAGUUCCUUGGCUUCCUGCUGGGGUCUAUAAUGUGACAGGCGGGGAUGUCCUCCGAGGCGGAGCUUCCUCAAGCUUGAUGUUCACUUCUCUCUUGACCAUUACAUCUGUGGACAGCAACCAUGGCUGUCUUGAUGGUGGGAAAGUGCAUAUUCGUGGGACUGGAUUUUCUCCAGGGAAUACCUCGGUCACCAUCUGUGGCGCUCCCUGCAAAAUACUGGAUGGUGUCACCAUGACGGAUCUGAGCUGCUUAGCCCAGCCCUUGAACGUGUCUUUAGCCAUUCUCUGUGGCUUGACGUGGUCUUUGGAGGAGAGGAGUGAUUGCCCAACACCAGUGACGACUUUGAUCCAGUGUGACAUCCGCAUCGCGGCAAAUGCUUCUGUGGUAAAAGCAGCCACGCCUUACCUAUACUUGUGCGGCGACUCGGCGUGUUCCUCUGACCGGGCAGCCGUCGACUCCUCCCUUGGCCUUUUCACCGGCCUCUUCAUCAGCCCUAAAGUGGAAAGAGAUGAAGUUCUCAUCUAUAAUAGCUCCUGUAACAUUACCAUGGAAACUGAGGCAGAGAUGGAGUGUGAGGGGUCUAAUCAGCCAAUUACCGCCAAGAUUACUGAGAUAUGGAAAAAACGGGGCCCGGACACUCAGAGUGCCUUCCCUCUUCGACUCUGCGGCUACUGGUCAAAGCACUGGAGCUGGCUUAGCGGACACCCGCCACACGAUGGCGAUAACGUCACGGUGGAGAGAGGCCAGACUUUGCUCUUAGAUACCCGCACGAGCAUCCUUAACACGCUUCAUGUCAAAGGUGGCAAGCUUGUGUUUGUUGGUCCUGGGCCAGUGGAACUCCACGCUCAUUAUAUCCUGGUAUCUGAUGGAGGAGAACUUCGAGUUGGAUCCUCUGGUGACCCGUUCUGUGGUGUAGCCCACAUCUAUCUCCACGGCAGUUCCUAUACACCCCUCUUCUCUCCAUACGGAGCCAAAUUUCUGGCUGUGAGGAAUGGAACCCUUUCCAUUCAUGGGUGUGCCCCUGGAGUGGCAGUCACACAUCUGAAAUCGGGAGCACGUCCAAACGGUACCAAGUUACAUCUGACGGAGCCUGUGGACUGGAAACCUGGAGAUGAGGUGGUGGUUUGUGGAGGAGGCCUUGAGGAUGCUCAGAAGCAAGAUGAGGUGGUCACUGUGAAAUCUGUCAAUGGCACAGACCUCUACAUUACACCCCCACUCAGGUAUCCUCAUGGCGUUUCUGAAGAGCAGGUGUUAGGAGAACAUCUCAGUUUGAGAGCCGUUGUGGCGCUGCUCAGCAGAAGAGUGGUCAUCCGAGGAAACAUUACAAGCGAGAGGCUGUCCCGCCAAAAGCAGUGCGAAGAAGCAGGGGUUCCAGGGGACGAGAGAGAUGUCUCCAAAUGUCUGUACAAGACAAGCGAAAGGAAGCUUGGAUCUCAGGACAUGGGGGCCAUGGUCAUUGUGCAGUCCUAUCAUGGCGAGGGGAGCCAGCUCCGUUUGGAAGGCGUACAGUUCCGGCACGUAGGUCAAGCAUUCCGGAAAGAUCUGAGCGCGCUCACUAUUGCUGGGAAUACUCAUAUGACUAACUCUUACAUUCGGAACUGCGUUGUGUUGGAUUCAUUUGCGCGGGGAAUUAGCCUUUCUGGGGUGUCACAUCUUAGGGUGGAAAAUAACAUUUUAUACAACAUCAUGGGCCAUGGACUUCAUGUGGGAGAGCGGCCGGAUCAAAAGAACCAAUUAAAGAGCAAUACAAUUAUUGGACUUUCUGGAACUGAUGGGCUGUCCAAUAUUGAAACCUUUUCACCCGCUGGGAUCUACAUCCAGGCUCCUGAUAAUGUGAUAGAGGGUAACACUGUGUGUGCUUCUGGACACGGCUAUUUCUUUCACCUCUCCCCGACAGGACCAUCGCAGGCACCGGUCUUGUCCUUCAGCAGGAAUGUGGCACAAUCCUGCACAAGAUAUGGACUCCUGCUGUAUCCUGAAUAUCACCCCCAAAGGGCAAACAGUACCUUCCUUGUUGUAUUUCAGUCCUUCACAGCCUGGCAGUGUCAAGGAGGGGUUCAGAUUAUGAGCAGCAGCAACCUGCAGCUUCGGGCUUUCCUCAUCUGUGCCUGCCGUGAUUUUGGAGUAGACAUUGUUGAAAGUCUUGGAAACACCUCGGUGGCCAACAGCUUGUUCCUUGGCCACUUGCGUGGAAUGAAUGGAAGCUGUAUGUUUACAGGGCUGAAAACUCCCAAAAGGCGUGAGCUAUUGAUUUCUGAUGCAACCUUUGUGAACUUUGACCUUCUCAACUGCACAGCAAUCGCCCCCUGUUCUGGCUGUCAGCGAGGUCAAGGUGGGUUUACUGUGAGAGCGAAACAGGUGCUCCUCUUAAAUGCGCCAAACUGGAUAUCGUUCCCAUCCCCUCAUUCUGCCAUUCUUGAAGAUCUGGAUGGAUCCAUCACAGGACAGGAGGGGAGUCGCCUCCUCCCCUCUAUGGAGACGCUUCCAGCUUCCUGCAGGGCCAGCGUCAACGCCAGUCAAACAGCCAGGGGCAGCAUUUGCUCCGGAAGUAAUAUUUUUCACCGCAUGUCCAUUGGCCUAAAGGCUUCCAUCUGUCCAUACAAUUUAAAAGUGACUGAUAGUAGUAAUAAGACAACGACUGUCAAUUAUGUCCCCGACACUCUGUCAAAUGCCUAUGGCUGGAUGGCUCUUCUCUUGGAUCAGGAGACGUAUACUCUGUCAUUUGACAACCCUCUGGCCAAUGUGAAUCUACAGUACGUGGCGACAUUUGAUAACUUCACCGCUGAGAAUUAUUUACUGGUGGAACAUGAAUGCCUUUCACCCCAUAUCAAUGUCACGCUGACCUGUGGGACAAGGCGAGGAUUGAAACUUCACUCACUUCCUUCACAUAAAUAUAACAAAAGCUGUGAUUGGGUGUUCGAUAAAGAACAGAGGAAGCUAACCUACUUAGUUACAGGUGAAGGCCUAAUCCAAGUGACAUUUAAAGCAGAAGACACAAUCCCUCUGCCAGUUCCAGAUCCAAUUCCUCCACCUCCACCUCGUUCUCAUUUGAGAUGGUCCCUUUCUGCAUCGUGGGAUGGGGUGCUGGAGAGCUGGGGUGGCUACAAUAACAGCAUCCCAUUGCCUGGUGAUGAUGUCAUUAUUUUGCCGGGCAAAACCAUCCUGGUGGAUACGGCUCUUCCUCGUCUCCGAGGCCUCUACAUCCUGGGGACGCUGGAAUUCCCUUUCAACUCCAGCAAUCUCCUCAGCGCCUCCUGCAUUCUCAUCGCUGGCGGUGCCCUGAAAGUUGGUACAUUACACAAUCCGUUAGAAAGAAGAGCAAAGCUAGAAAUUGUCCUUCGGCCAUCUGAGAAGGUUUAUUGUGAUCGACUGAAUGGAAUAGUUGUUCCUCCUGGAACUAUUGGAGUUUAUGGGAAGUUGCAGAUGCACAGUGCUUAUACCAGGAACUCUUGGACACGCCUUGGAAACGAUGCUGCACCUGGAAAUGAAAGGUUUUUGGUAGAAGAUCCAUUGGACUGGCAUCGUGGUGACAAUAUUGUCAUCACCUCCUCUUCUUAUGAAGCCCACCAAGCUGAAAUAGCCACUUUGGAAGAAGUCAACGGUCACAGCAUUAGAAUCCGUGAACGCCUUCUCUACAGACAUCUAGGACAUUCUCACAGCUUAGAAGAUGGGCGACGGAUUCCUCUAGCUGCAGAAAUUGGGCUCCUAACAAGGAAUAUACAAAUCAAGUCUGACAGCAAUUGCACGGGGAGGCUUCUAGUGGGCAGCUUCAGAGAUGCCAGUGGGACUGAAUACACAGGCAUGCUCCAGCUUUCCAAAGUUGAGAUUCAGUGCUUCGGAUCUUCCCAGUUCCCUGCAGUUGACAUCAGGAACGCAUCCUCGGAAUCCUUUCUAAUCUCCUCCAGCAUUCACCAAAGCUGUGGGGCCGGCGUCCGAGUCGUGGCGAGCGGUGGCUUCAUACUGCACGACAACGUCAUCUUCGGCACAGUCGGUCAUGGCAUACACCUGGAAGGUCGGAACCAUUCUCUUGUCGGCAAUCUGGUCAUUCUGAGCAGACAGCCAGAGGGAGCAUCCUACUGGGUGGCCGGCAUUAAAGCCAACACAGUAGACAACAUCUGCUUACGGGGGAAUGUCGUGGCGGGAUCGGAACGGAUCGCCUUUCACGUCCGAGGGCAAGAGUGCUUCUUAGCGAGAGAGGUUUGCAGCGGUAACGUGGCACACUCCAGCCUCCAUGGGGUUCAUUUAUACAGAGGAGAUGGCUUUCCAAACUGCACCAAAAUCACGGGCUUCUUGUCCUACAAGAACUAUGACUACGGGGUCAUAUUUCACCUGGAAGGAAACGUAGUGGUAGAGAAUAUGAUUUUGGUCGACAACAGUGUCGGUCUUCUCCCUGUUUUGUUCUGCCCGUCUGCUGAGCUGCAGUGCCACCUAGAAAAGCAGUACGUCGAACUCCGGAACUCGGUCCUUUUGGCCACCAGCUCUUCUUUCGAUUGUCUCAAGGACCGAAUCCAUCCCCUUUCGGCUCACCUGACAGUGCAGGAGCGAGCCCCGCGUAGUCCUUGGAGGGGUCGGGUCGGGAUUCUGUGGCCCUCUUUUACCUCUGAAUCCGGUUGCUGGCCUGAUAAUCCGUGGCACGAAAUAAGAAAUUAUUCUGCAGUGCUGGGAAUCAUGAAAUUGCAAGAUGUCACCUUUGCUGGGUUCAGGAAAACUUGCUAUAGUGAUGACAGAGACGUCUGCAUCAUGACCAAUCCAGGAAACAGGGGCAUCUUGCAUGUGAUCACAUCAGAGCGGACAAGAAUGCUCCAUGUCAAUGAAGAGAAUAUGUUUCACUUUUAUUCAUCACAAACUAGAGGAAAUGAGUCAAGCAUUGGCUCAUGCGUUGACGGGAUGUGUGAGGGUUCGAGAAAAGCCCUUUUCAAAGAUUUGGAUGGCAGUGCUCUUGGGUUGGACCCGCCCGCGUCUGUCUUCCCAAAGUCAGAGUCUGAGUGGGAACAGCCAUGCCUGAAUGCUGAAACCGAUUAA